GUGACAGAGAUAGGUCAUUGCGAGCGAGAGUCAGGGGUUUAUUUAACACGUAGCUCUGUCCUCCCCCACUUUCCCAACGCGCAACCAAGACGAGUGCAUCUGCGGGACUCCCUCUUGACUGACUACGUGGAGAUCUCCGGAACACUGCUCCCAUUAUGCGAUAAAUAAUCACAACAACAACAAUGCAAAUGUAAAAUAGAUUACUUAUCUCUACAAAUUGGAGGAAAUACUUAAAUAUUUUAGUGAAAAUUUUCAAGGACUAUAUACUUUCAUUCAAUUUCAUUUGCGUUCUUGAGUGAAAACAUUGGGGGGGAAAAGCUUGCCCUUUCCUGCGUCAUUUGGAGUAGCUUAAAGAGAAUGGAAAUGGAAAGGAUUCCAAGUGCGCAACCCACCCCCAAGCACCAGCAGGCUGAGCUGUCUGACAUGCAAGGGAUGGAUUUCCCUAUGUAUGUAUACAAAUCCCGUCGGGGAAUGAAACGAGGAGAUGAUAGCAAGGAAACCUACAAACUGCCUCACCGACUUAUCGAGAAGAAAAGGCGUGACAGGAUAAACGAGUGCAUCGCUCAGUUGAAAGAUUUAUUGCCCGAGCACCUGAAACUUACAACUCUUGGCCAUCUGGAGAAGGCUGUGGUUUUGGAGCUCACGCUUAAGCAUGUGAAAGCUCUAACCACUCUACUGGAAAACCAGCAGCAGAAAAUCCUCAGUCUGCAGAAUGGCAUGCAAAUCGAGCAGUCCUCUCCCAGCCAGGAGAACAGUGAGGAGAUCUUCCGCUCAGGCUUCCAUGUCUGUGCCAAGGAGGUGCUGCAAUACCUGGUCAACCAGGAGGGUCGCGGUGACCUUACACCCUCCCACAUGGUCAACCACCUGCACAAGGUGGCCACUGAGGUCCUCCAGGGUCCUCCCCGUAGCCCCUGCAAACCCCGGUCUGAAGAGACCACCAUCCACUACCAACAUCAUCAGGCCCACAGGGAGAAGCCUGCAGGCCAGACCCCCAAGCCCAGUGAAGGCCAUGGGAAGAACUGCGUUCCCGUCAUCCAGCGGAGGUAUGCCCAUGCGGGCGGCGAGCAGAGCGGCAGCGAUACAGACACAGACAGCGGCUACGGUGGCGAGCAGGUUGAGCAUCUGGCGUUGCAUGCAGGCUACUACGGCCAGGAGAGACAGCUGAAGAGGGCGCUGGGAGAAAAGAGGGCGUCAUUUUGCAUUAAGCGGGAAGAUGAGGCGUGCCACAAACGCAGCCGGGUCGAGUCAUCCGAGGACGAGUCUCUCUCAGGCGGAGAGUCAUCCUCAUCCUCCUCCAGCGGCCACGGCAGCUACAUGAGCGCCUACUCCCCUCACCAGGCCCAACCUCAUCCCCUUUGCAUGCCCUUCUACCUCAUCCCCCCCUCUGCCGCCGCCUAUCUGCCCAUGCUGGAGAAGUGCUGGUACUCAGGGGCCAUGCCCAUGAUUUACCCUGGCCUGGGAGGCUCCGCGCAGGGCAUGCCUAGUGACAGGCAUGCCCCCUCUCCCUCGAUCAUGAUGUCCCCCAGGGGGCGCUCUCCCUCUCCCCCUACCGUAGCCCAAAGCCCCAUGGACUCCCCAGCCUUCCUCCAAGUGUUAAAGCAGGUACUUCCCAUGAACCUGGAAACCAAAGACUGAGAGACCACUGAGCACUUACACAGAAAAGUGUUAUUGAACAUAGACUGCUAUGCUGAGAGGAUACAUGGAGGAGAACAUGACCAGACAGUCAGAUCACCCACCACUACCCCUCUCUCCUCAACCCAGGAGUCAGAAGGGAGACAGAUAGAGCGCAUGCAGAAGGUCUGGUCCCAGAUCGGUGAGGCAUAAUCUACAGCUGCGAGCUGAAAAAGAGAAUAAAAGAAAGAGGGAAUGUGUGGAUGGAAGACAGCUCAAACAGUUUCCUAAUCCUCUCUGAAUGUUUGACUUUAUACCCCCACCAGAGUGCUGAGUGCAACAUUGACCCCACUGAUCUGGAUACACACACACACACACACACACACACACACACACACACACACACACACACACACACACACACACACACACACACACACACACACACACACACACACACACACACACACACACACACACACACACACACACACACACACACACACACACACACACACACACAGUUGAAUGUAUAAAUGUAAAAAAGUGGCAGUCCCGUAGAUGUUGAGGUUUCUACAUGCUGUGGACACUGACAGGGCUCAGCUGUACACACACCGUCCUUGUAAACCAUGUCACACCAAAUGUCAAUAGUCACCAUUCACCCAAAGGUUGCUGUCUAUUUACCUUAGGUCACCAUUGCCAUCACCGACAAUGCGCUUUGCCCCAUUCCCUAUGACAACAACAAACAUCCCGAGUGAAAUCAUUUCCCUACUGUAUGGAGUUAGUGAGGUCAUCAUGUGACCAUGUCAAGUUGGGAAUUCACUGACAGUUUAGAGGGACUUUUUGUAAUUAUUGUUUAUACUUCUUGUACAUCUCUAUUUUUGAUACGUGUCCUUGCGCUCGAACCAGAGAGAAAGGUUGGACAGUCGUUUUACCGCAUAAUAACUCAUGUACGUACUGUAGCCCUGCGCUGACCCUGAUCUGCAAUCUGACUCUGCUCAAGUCAAACCUGGAGUUUAUCAUCCUGUUGCCUUUUACUUGUGAAACACUGAUAAGAGAAAACAUCAGAUGUUUAUGAAAUGUAUUUGGGAGUUGGCGAGAAGUGAAUGUAUAUGUUUUAGCAGAAGAUUAGUUUUCUAUAGAAAGAGGUACUUUGAUAUUUUGGGACCUACCAGAAAGAUGUUUGAUGUACAUAUUUUGUCUAUAAAUGUUGACAUACACUAUAUAAGCGUAUUAAUAAAGUAUUUUAUCUGC